AUGACCGUCAAUGUGGACCACGAGCAGUUCUCUCGUAAGAUGCUCGCUCGUACUGAUGUCCUCGUUUGCAUUGGAAUCGGUUGCCUGCUGCUGUUGCUGCUCUGCUUCGGAGCCGUCGCUUUCACCUGGAUCAGGCGCGGCUCACCUUUCGGUUACAACGUAGUCGAGCUUCCUACCGUCUGCGCGUCAGACGGCUGCAGCCGCCACGCCCGCCUCAUCGCGGCCAAGGUGAACGCGAGCAUGGAUCCGUGCGAAGAUUUCGAAGCUUUCGCCUGCUCACGGUGGACUGCGGCAACGGAACACUACGACUACGCCUCGGCCGUCACUUCGGCGCUCGCAGGAGACUGGUUUGAUGACUUCCGUGCGUCCAUGAUGGCUGGUGCACUGCAGAUUCCCACAGGUCGGAGGGUUAUUGCAGCCUUGGACUCGUGCACCACUGAAAGCACUUCCAAAGGCUUCGCCGAAGGCCUUACGGUUCUCAAGGGCUUCAUGAGCAGGCUAAGAAUAUCCUGGCCGGAAGAAUCGUUUUCGGAGGCGAAUCCUUUGGGCGUGCUUCUCGACAUGGCAUACAACUGGCGUUUGGGGCUCUGGUUCGAUGCUGCAUCCCUCCACAAGAGCAUGAACAAUGGAGAAUGCCGACACGUUAUACUGCUUUCACCGGGAACUUUCGUGAUAUUCUGGUACCCAUACCAGAGAAGUGUCAGUGCCCUAGACUACGAGGACUACUGGAACCAUUUCUACAGAACAAUGGAGCCUGAUAGACCUCAACUGACUGCCGAGGAAAUAGCCCGAAUCGCGUCCGUGGAGACUGGCGUCUUUACUGAACUGACUGCGGUUACGAAUUCAACCCUGCAGGAACCGGCAGAAGUUUCCCUCGCUGACAUGGAACGAUUUACAAACACCGUGUCAUCGAAUCAGUGGAUCGUGGAAUUGAACAAGGCAAUAAGGCCGGACGAUCCAUUCACAGCAGCAAGCACGCUAGUUGUCUCCGACGUGGGGCUGCUGCGUACAAUUGGUAACCUCUUUUCGCGGUACACCAGGAGAGAAAUUCUGCGGCACAUCUCAUGGUUUUUUAUUCAAGUGUUCGCCGGCCUCGCCGACCGACGCCUGCUAGUUUCUAAGGUUGGGCACGAAGGAAGGGCCUGGCUGUACAGGCACAUAUUCUGCGCCACGGAAGUGGAGGCGGCUUUCAAAGCACUGGUCGUAGCGCUUUACGUCGUGCCUCGUUUUUCCAAACCCCUUCGGCAAGAAAUCAGUGACCAGCUCUCCGAAGUCGUCACCAGCGCUAUUCGCCUACUUUCCAAUGUGUCCUGGGCUGACGAAUUGUCGAAGCGGGCAGCCGUCCGUAAAUUGCAGUCUGUCAAGACGCUUUUGUGGCUGCCGGACAGCUUGCUGACAGAGGCCGCUCUCUCUAAGAUGUACAGCAACUUUUCCCUGAACGAGAGCUCCUUCAUUUCGUACUUUUUAAACGCGUACGAGAACUCGCGCAUACUGAUAAAGCGGGACACGUACGCCGAGGCACUCUCGCUGCCACUGAACUUCGUGCUGCCUUUCGUGAACUACGACUACAUAGCAAACACUGUGUCAAUCGCCAUGGCUGCGCUGUCCGCGCCUCUAUACUCGGCGAACGCUACUGCCGCCAUGUUUUACGGGGGCCUGGGCUUCUCCUACGCCAUGGCCGUUGUGCGUGCCCUCGACGACACCGGCAUCAGGGUAGAUCCGGAGGGCCGUGUCCUCAACUCCGAAGUUCCGUGGGUCUCCGUCCAGUGGAAAGAUGCCGUGGCUAACAAGACUUCUUGCCUGGGAGAGCAAUCACCGACUCUCUUUCCGGAAAUUCCCGCCGUAGAAGUAGCGUACGCGGCGUUCCAAUCCGCCCUGGCCCAAAUGGAUCGUCCUCUGCGCCUCGCAACCGAGUUCACGGAAGAGCAGCCCCGCUCAGACAGCAAGUUCCCCAAUUACUCGAAGACCAACGGAUAUGUGUACCCACCCAUGCCGGCUGACUUGCCGCCGCUUAAUGUGUACUUGCAAGACACGCCGUUGUAUCGGUACUAUGGAAUUAACGUGGACUUUGGUGCAUUUGAUACAAUUUGUGACGGUUCAAUGCCUCCGACUGAAGACAACGUCGAGGUUACCACGGAUCUUCUCGAUGACAUCGACGAUCCGAUGAAGGAGACGAUGGCUAUGUAUUGA